UUCAAAACCGGUAAACGGUUUUGUUUUAACUAACCUCUAUCGCUUAUUCCUUUUAACAUUUUAAACAUGUAACGGUUUUAUGGUUUGUUUACAAAACUUAUUUAUAAUUAAAAGUUUUUAAAAGAUAACAAAUAUGGAGCUAAUAACAGAAUCAAUUAACACACGAGCCAGUCGAUUAAAUGCCCAACUUCUUGGGAAAACGUCUAAAGUUCCAAGUUUAAUUUAUAAAGAAAACAUUUUAGAUGCUUUGUUUGUGCUUUAUGACGAAUGCAAUAAUGAGCAUUUGAAGAAAAACGAUAAAAAUAUACUGACCUUUGUCAAUAAGUAUCGAAAAGUUAUGAGUGAAUUAAAAAACAUGAGAGUGAAUAUAUACGACUUUGAAAUUAAGGCAGUUAUAGGAAGAGGUCAUUUUGGAGAAGUGCAUCUGGUUAAAGAAAAGCAAACUGGAGACUAUUAUGCGUUAAAAUCUAUUAAAAAAUCUGAGUGUUUAGAUAUGAAAAGUGCCUCAUUUGAAGAAGAACGAAAUAUAAUGGCAUCAACACAGUCUGCGUGGCAUACAACAUUACAGUACUCAUUUCAGGAUAGUAUGUAUUUGUAUUUAGCAAUGGAGUACCAUUCAGGAGGUGAUCUGUUAGGGCUGCUGGGAAGGCAAGGUGGUACUAUUCCAGAAAGUGCAGCCACAUUUUAUUUGUCAGAAAUUAUUAUCGCAAUUCAUGAUUUGCAUUCCAUGGGGUAUGUACACCGUGACAUCAAGCCAGAUAACAUCCUUUUAGAUCGUUUGGGUCAUAUAAAGCUUGCUGAUUUUGGAUCUUCAACUAAACUUACUUCUUUGAAUGGUGUUGUUAGUGACAGUUUACCAGUGGGAACACCUGAUUAUGUUGCUCCAGAGGUACUUCAAAGCAUGGACAACAAAUAUAAACAGGAGUCAAAUUAUAAUCACUUGUGUGAUUACUGGUCAUUGGGGGUAAUAGCAUACCAAUUAACAGUGGGGACAACGCCUUUUGUUUCUACCUGCACAGUUUCAUUAUAUUCAAAAAUAAUUAACCAUUCAAACAGUUGGAAAUAUCCUUCAGACAUUGUCCUUUCGCAGGCUUAUGUUUCCCUGACAAAAGCUCUUAUUACUGAUCAGAAUUCUCGACUUGAUUAUAAACAGAUAAUACAACAUGAUCUGUUUAAAAACGUGAACUUUAACACUCUGAAAGACCAAGUUCCUCCAUUUGUUCCUAAAGUCUUAUCUGUUGAUGAUACUAGCAAUUUUUCGGAUGUUGUGAAACGGAAAAGUCAACCCGACAUUGAAAAUUUCAAAAGUAAAACUCAAUUCAGUGGAAGAAAUUUGCCAUUUGUGGGGUUUACAUACAUAAAAGAAACACAGGAUAAAGAUUCUAAUGACAAAGUACUACCAAAUGUUACUGUCAAAGACGAGAGAGUACAACAUUUGUUGAAAGAUAUCGACUCUUUGCAAAGGGAACUGAAUAAUCAAAAAGACGUAUUAAGCGAAAAAAAUAGUUUAGAGACAAAGUUGUACGAAAAAUGCAGAAAAUUAGAAAGCGUGCAGAACGUUCGAGAUCGUUUAGAAAGAGAUUUGGCCAACAGCAUUGCAGAAUGCUCGGCUUUAAAAAGAACUUUAGAACUCGAAAGGAAAAAUCAGGUGGAAAUAGAACGGAAAGCUUUAGAUCUUAUAAAGUCUGCGAAACUAAAGUGGGAAAAUUUGGAAAGAAACAGAAUAGAUGCUUUAAAUGGAGAAAUAGAAGAUCAAAAGAGAAAAAUCGAAGAAUUAUCUUACACUAACAACAUUUUGCGAAAUCAGUUAGAACAGGCACUGCAAAUGAAAGAUAAACAACAGGAAUCACUACAAAAAGUUCAUUCUUUGAAUCGCAGAAGCGUCAUGGGCCUAGAGUCAAGAUUAGAAAAAAUAACCACCGAAUGUCAAGACCAAUUGUGCGACUUAGAAAAUAAGUUGUCUGAAGAAAUUCAUAACAAAAAAGUUUUGCAAAAUCAUAUAGAUGAACUUAAAAAAUCGGAAAUUGAAUUAAAGAAACAACUUUCCUUAUCUAAUGAGGCUCGAGCGAAUUUGAAGAGGGAAGUCGAAACGUGUAACGAAACAAUUAAGGAACUUCAACAUACUGCCUCAAAUGUUACAGAUAAAGACACUGAACUCAUUUCUUUACGUAAUGAAAUAGAAAUAUUGACCAAAAAAUUAAAAGAAUUAAAAGACAAUCAAAGAAAUGACAAAGAAAAGGAGUCGUUAAAAAUUCGUUUGGAAGAGCAGCAAAUUCGAUGGAAAUCGUUACAACAAAAAAUUGAUGAGUUAAGAAAAGAAUUAUUUAACACAGAAAAAAAGCAUAAAGAAAAAUUGGACGAAUGCUUGAAUGAUCUUGAAAGAAUGUCGCAAGAGUUCCAGUUGAAAAUGAGUAGAUUGAUGACAGAGAAGGAAAGCUUGGCAACCCAACUUGAGCAUGCGCAGGUGCACAUCGAAACGAACGUGGUUAAAGUGAAAACACUCGAAGAACUUUUAGCGAGACUGGAAAGUGGCGUUUCCAAAUUAGAAAACGAAACUGAGAGAGAAAAUGUUUUGAAGGAGCAAGUGGAAAGGUUGGAACAACAACUUUUAAAGGCUCACGAAACGUCCGCAUUGGAAAAGCAAGAACUUAGUCAAUUGAAAAUUAAAUGUUGGAGGAUGGAAAAGAGCUUGGAUAACGCAGAAAUCGACAAGAGGAUUCUUAAAAGGGAACUAAAAGAAGUUGAAGAUCGUGCCAAGCAAUUAUCAGAGGAUAUAAUGAAGUUACAAAAUCAAAUGGAAGAUAGCAAAAAAGCUUAUGAAAGUGCCUUGCUUGAACUCAGCAAUUUAAACGAAAAUUUGGCAACAGAAGUAAUGAAAUUGCAGAGUAGUAGAAGUAGCUUAGAAGAUACUCUUAAAAUUGAAAGGGAGAAAUUUGAUAAAGAGAAGAGCAUAAUUGACGAACUUAAAUCUGCAAUAAAUAGUAAAGAAAAGGAAAACGCCAGUUUAUUAAAAAAGAUUGACAGCAAAGACUCUGAAAAGAAAGAAUUGGAAUUUAAGUUGGAAAAGAGUCAAUCAAAAAUUAAUGAACUGCUACAUAAGUUAGAUGACGUGAUAAAAGACAAGACUAUGACAGAAAGUGAAAUGGAAAAGUACAAAAGAGAGUUACAAAAUACACAGAUGAAUUCCUCAGCUUUAAGAGAAGCCUGUUCUCUCUUGGAAUCCCAAUUGGUAGAAUAUGAAAAACUUCAUGAAGCAUCCAUGGAAAAAGAGAAAGAUUUUUGUAAUCGUAUAGAUAAACUACUAAACGAUUUAUCUCAAACUAAACAAGAAGUAAACGAAGCUAAACGGCAAAUGAACGAAGAAAAGUCCUUCAGGCUUAUGACCGAAACGAAGAACAAAAGUUUACAAGAAGAUGUCGAAAGUUUACAAAAAGAAUGUCGAUCGUAUAAAGACCAGUGUUGUGAGUUUAAAAGUUAUUCAUCGACAUUGUCAGAUGAACUGACCUUAGCCGAAGAAAGAAUAAAUGAUCUUGAAAUAACCAUAAAAACAUUGGAGCGGCAAAUUGAAAAUUUGUAUGCAGAAAAUCAAGCACUUAAAGAGGAUUGUUCCAUUCAGCUUACAAAUUUGAAUAACAGCAAAGAAAUGAAUUAUGAUUUAUUACGACAAAUAUCUGAAUACAAAGACGAAAAUUUGGCCCUUUUGGAUCGAAUAUCAGAAUUAGAAAACAUGGUGAUUGAAAAGACAAGCUACUACAAAGACAGAGAACUAAAACAUAAUGCCACAGUUCAGCAACAAAUAAAGUUGAUACAUUUUCUACAAUCAAAGGUGGAAGAUGCCAAGAAAAAGAAAACUUUCGCUGAUAAGUUGUUUGGACAUUCGAAGAAAGAGAAUACAAACUAUUUACUUUAUCAAAACAAUAAAGACAUUCAGGACAAGGAAAAGAAGAAAAACCAACAGAUUGAAAUGUUUAAACACCCCAAUAGCGGCAGUAGGAUAAAAAAAGAGGAGAACGAGUAUCAAAAGAAAAUUCAACAAAAUAGCUCUUUAUCUGCUCAUUUAAAUGAAGUAGGAGCACGUUCCCCUCUGAAAGAGAAACUUCCAAGUCAAAAUUCGGACAAAAGCAGUAGUCAAAGCUUGCAAAGUAGAGUUCCUAUCCCCCCAGUCAGCAAUACUUCAAAUGACAACGGACAGUCUUCCUUAGAAAAUGUGGUUAAUGAGGGAUGGGUAAAAACUCCAAAUAAAUCCAAAAAUGGCUGGGAAAAAACGUAUGCAGUUUUAACGCCAAACAUUCUUAAAAUUUAUCCCGAAUACCCCACUAGAAAAAAUGCCACUACGCUCGAUUUUUUGGAAUUAUGUCAACCGGAUACUCACGGAAAGGUGAUAUUGGAUCCACUUGAAUCCGAAAUCGAAACCCCCGUGUCAGAAAACGAACUGAAUUACACUUUGAAAGUCGAAAUAAGUCCCAACACAACCUGCUGGCCUCCAAAAAGUAUCGUUUUGAUGACGCUUAAUGAGGAAGAAAAAGAAAAAUGGUUUAGAGCCUUUCAAUCAGUGUUACGCACAUCGGAUUAUAAAUACGUGGGAGAAGUGGUGGCAACGUGGUUAGAAACUCUAGACGUGAAUUGUCUCGUGGAACUAUCCAAUGGUAAAAAGCUACUCGGCACAGAACAAGGACUUUAUUCUCUUGGAAACGACCCCCUAACAAACAUAUCCGGUCCUGAUCACGUGCAGCAAAUAGCAUUACUCCCUACUGUUCAUCUUGCUCUAAUGAUCAUCGACGUUAAAAGAUACUUGAUAACAUGUGAUUUAAACCUUUUGGAAAGUUUAUCGGUAAGAGAUUCGACAUCGAAACCCUAUUUGCCCACAAAGCGCGUCAACGUUAACAAUCUUAGCGGCUUCCAUACUUUCCAGUGUUCAGACUUUACCAAAAGAAUGUUAGUAUGCGUAGCGACUGCCAAGCAGUUAAUUGUGUUAAAGUUCGACAUUAAAUCGCAUGACUUCGUGCCACUUAAAGUGCUCGACACGGCCGAACCUACCAGUUGUAUGCUAUUCUUGGGACACAGUAUUCUCGUGGGUGCAGAUAAGUUUUUCGAAGUCGACUUGCACACGUUCGAAGCGGAAGAGUUCAUUGACCCAUCCGAUCCUCGAUUGGCCCAUGCGACGUUGUACUGUCAACGCAUGCGCUCGUUUCCUUUGUAUGUGGCACCAAUUGCGACAGAAAAAGAGUUCUUAUUGUGCUACAGUGAGUUCGCGACGUUUGUUGAUGCUUUUGGACGCGCAACUAGAGAUCGUGAGAUAAAAUGGACAAGAUUACCACGUGCGUUUCACUACCACUCCCCUUACCUGUAUGUUGUUCAGUUCACGGCGAUCGAAGUGUUUAGGAUCGGUCAGAACCAUGACGGUGAACAAAUCGAGUGCUUCCGUAUCGAACUCGAACAUCCUCGACUAUUGGGAGGAGCUGGUAAAGGCGGGAUCUAUAUCGGUUUAGAGCACGAAGUACGGCUCGUUGAAGGUAAGGAACUGAAUGACGAUGGAUCAAGCGUUUGUAGUAGGGGAUAUGAAGAGGAAGAUGCCACAGGAUCCGAAUUUAGUUUUACCAGUUCAUUAGUGCAGACUUUGGAAGGAUUGUCCAGUGACAUGGAUGGAAGUUCUGAUGUAGACAUUAAGAGAACGAAGAAAGUGAAGUUUCCAGAUCUUUGAAAUCUAUAUUACCAUGGAUAGAUUAUCAGUAACUUAAAUAUGUGGGUACUUAAAUAAGAUUAAUUAUUGAUUCAUGUUUUCGAUCUCUCAACUUGCCUUUUGUUCUAUUUAUAUUCUAUAAGACUUAUUUAUAUAUUAGCUUUUUUGUAUGAAUACUGUGUUUAUUUCUGGUUUAUAUUGUUAUUAUAUUAAACAACGUACCUUUUUUUGUAAUUUAUCAU